AUUACGAACGAUGAGGGAAUGGUUACGCCACACAAGCAGCCACUGACACAGAAUCCCACAUGCAGACUGCACCGGAGUGAAAUGCAGAGGCGCACGAAGAUUAGUGAUGCAUUCAUGGUCGCCUGACAGAAGAUGAAAUGUGGAGAUGGACAAAAGCGACGAAAGAUUGAAAGCUGCUUGACGGUCAUUUGGCUGAACAGAGUGCAGCGCUUAUUCAAAAAUGGCCAGCUUCCGCGGCCGAGCCUGGAAUUAAGGCGGAGGCAGGAAGUGACUCGUUUACGAACUUUCCUCCAAAGUGAAUGGGAAGCUUACAGCGAUGGCGAAGCUUUGCCGAGAGAGGCAUUCAACCGUUGGCUGAUGGAACGCCUGAAUGCUGGAGGAAUAGACCCGAUUUUGGGUGGUGGUGGAGACGAGGAGUUGUUGAGGGCAGCUGCAGAUGGCCUGCACCGAGAGAUUUUGAGAGCUCUCAGGGACACGUCGGACAUGUCAGAGAUGUCGAGCAAAGUUUGGGGCACCUGUUCGAGAUUGGCGGCCGAAGCGGACGCAGCUGCAGUGAGGCUUCAAGCGAGCGCGACACAGGAUACCCCGGAGACCCCCAGAGUGUUGGCCACGCUGAAUGCGCCACGGGCUUGUUACGAAUUUCGUUUGGAGACCAGGGAGGAUCGCUCUGCGUCUGAGAAUGUGGAGCCCGACGAGCACGAGACAAUAGGAAGUCAUGUCUUCACCAUCAGCCCGUCUGCUCUCUCUCAGCUUGCGAAGCUGAUGAGAAAGGCAGCGAGGCGGGCGGAGCUUGCUUUCUCGGCAGGUGAAAGCCAGUGGGCAGCCAAGCUGGGCGCCUUCAUGCAGAGCGAUUCGAGCUUUUGGGACCUGACCUUUUGUCUGCUAUGCCGCUAUGAUGCCAUGAGCGGCGGUCCGGGCGCACAGGGCGCUGGCUUUCAUGCCGCGAUCCCACCACCUGCAUUCGAAGCCUUGGAAAAGAUGAACCCCGGCGCGGCAGUCAAGCUGGAAUGCUUUGCAUCGCCACUCUUGUGUCAUGGGAGCUGGAGUUACUGCUCGGCCUUCCGGGACGUGGAUGUCCUUUUUGGUUCCCUCGGGCCGUUUCUGGAUGAGGAUAUCGACAUAGGCAAGCUUGGCGGUGUCUACGAGAUCAACCCUCCGUUCGUGCGGGGCGUUGUUUUGCGGCUUGCUCGCAAGCUGCUGGCUGCGCUUAGGAAGGCGCAAGCCGAGGACAGGGCGCUUUGCCUCUUCCUCGUGUUGCCGGGCCUGGCUCAGCACUCCACUUUGUCCUCUUUGUCCACUUCGUCCACUUCGUCCACUUGCCCUUCCAUCCCUUCCGAUGCCUUGGACGAGCUGCUGCAGAGUGGCUUCCGCACGGCCUUCUCGGGGCCGACAUGCCGGGCCUUCACCAGUGGCUGGGCCUUCAAGACGGAGCGCCGGUGGCCGGUCUUCGCGGUGCCCACCUCGCUGGCCCUCUUCCACGCCGGAGCACCCGAAGCAGAACCCGACUUCGAGCGCGCCUGCGCAGCCUGGGGCCAAGUAGAGCAAGACGCUGACACAAAAAAGAGCAGCCAAGCGCACGAGUUUACGAGUUUGGGGCCGAACCAGCUGCCAGAAAUCAUCAGCUGCCAGCACCAUUGCAGCCGGCUUGCGAAGGCUCAAGAUGAGGCGUGGAAAAGCCGGGCACUCGACCAAAUCGAGAGCAUUAGCGUGGCCAGCUCCAGCGAGGUGCUGAGCAUCCGCAGCGAUAGCCCUGAUCCCGAGGGACCCAAAGUACCCAAAGCCAACGGACCCAAAGGCAGAAAGGACCUCAGCCGACGUCACAAGGAACGUAGGGCUCAGGCCAAAGCAGCCAGGGCCGCAGAAAGGCAGCCUGAUGAUGACUCAGAGUGCGCGUCCAGAUGCCGAUGCUCACACUGCUCCCAGUCCGACUUGGGUGACCAUGGUGACCUGCGUUUCUCCACGCAAGGCGUUUUGGUGGACGUCGAAGAGUUGCAGACCUGCCGGCGGCGGCACGUUCCAAUCUCCAGUGCUGUGGCAACGCAGCUCACGGCCGGGAUCCUGCCGGGGGACACCAGAGUUUUGAGGAGCGGCCGCCUGGCAAGACUCUCCUCCGCCAACUAUGCAUUGAUGCGGCCCGGAGAGGCAUCAGAGCGCGUGCUCACCUGCGGACGGGCCUUCUUCAAUUUCUUGUUAAAGCGGUGGCAACCUAUGACGCGACUUGUGGCCUACAUGCCAGGGCGGCAUGUGUUGUACUGUGCGUUUACCCGCAAGGAAGACGCUUUGUUCAUCAAAGUCGGUUACCGAACUCUCAAUGGCAAGCGGGAGUCCAUUGUCAACUACAUUGAGAAGAAGACAGCAAAGCUGCGCCUCACCAACGUUAGCGGUGCCGGACUGUUUAUUAUGCACUUGCCACAGAACCAUGCAUGCUUCAAAGAUCCUGCACGGGCUGCAGAAGAAUCCUUGAAGCUGGCGAUUCGCAGUAGCGAGCAGUUGCAAGCAAGUCCAUCCGGCCACCAUGGUGAGAUCGGAACGUUCAGCAGUUCUUUGGAGUACUAUUUCGUGAAAGCUCAGCAGGGAGCAGUGUUGCCUGCGUUGACAUCAGUGCUUCGUGACUUCACGGGCGACCAGAGCUUGGUCCCUCUGAGAUGCGUCGCCGCACUCAGGCGAAAGCGCUUGCUCGCUUGGGAAGCCGAGUCAGCGGCGGGCUCCUUGGGCUCCUUGGGCUCCUUGCCGCUGCUGCCCGCCGGCGUCAUGCGCAGCCGUUGCUUCGGGCCCUUCUCCCGGCGCGCCUCGAAAAGACCAAAGUCAUUGCCGCCGAAGCGGCGACGGGUUCGGUCGUGUCCAUAG